AUGACUCUCGAUUUCGACUCCAAAGACCGCUCCAACUUUCGUCUCCCUCACUUCCCUCCACCUCUUCACACCCGUUCCGGCAAUGAGGCGUUUGAUCGCCCCGCCACUCCCCGCGACGAUGGCUUUACCAGUCCAAUCUCGACUCCGCUAGGAAGCCCAAGCAAAAAUCGCAUGCCUCCAGGUGCUCUGGAUCUGCCCAGUGUUUUCGAUAAUGCUCUGAAACUACAGCCUACAUCUCCUACCAAAAACACGCAUAACAACUUCAAUCAUCCCAUGUUCACACAGCCCAACAAAAGUGCUGAGGACUUCAAUGAGAGUGUUAUCCGCCCGGCCAGCCCGAGUAGGAGAACCAAGAAUGAAAACACUUUACCACAAUCUACUGCCCUAGCCAGGGACCUCGGGCGCAAUCCAGCUGCAGCGGCCAUUUCUCGUCAAGAACAGUACCACACUAGGGACCUGGAAAGUGUGCAAAGGCGUCAGGUGCCGAUGCGGGGACUAACGCCCGAAGAGUUGGAAAAACUUCAAAAUCCCCGGGUAAAGCGACUGGUCAAUGUCACCCAGCUAUACUUCCUCGAUUAUUAUUUUGACCUUCUGAGUUACGUCCACAACCGCCAAACCCGUUAUUCCCAGUUUUGCGCCGCGAACCCCGAACCUCCAGCGACACCGAUAGAAGAGUAUGAGCCCGCUUUAUCGAAAUAUCUGGGUCGGGAACGGGCCCACCUCCGCAAGCGUCGUACCAGACUUCGACAAGGUGAUUUCCAAAUUUUGACGCAGGUCGGUCAGGGUGGAUACGGACAGGUGUACUUGGCAUCGAAGAAGGACACAAAGGAGGUAUGCGCUCUCAAGGUGAUGAGCAAGAAGCUGCUCUUCAAACUGGAUGAGAUUCGGCACAUCCUCACCGAGCGCGACAUCUUGACAGCAGCGAAGAGCGAAUGGCUGGUCAAGCUUUUGUACGCCUUUCAGGAUGAAACUCAGAUUUACUUCGCCAUGGAGUUCGUACCAGGAGGUGAUUUCCGCACCCUGCUCAACAACACUGGCGUACUGCACAACCGCCACGCCCGCUUCUACGUUGCCGAAAUGUUCUGCUGCAUUGAUGCUUUGCAUGCACUUGGCUAUAUCCACCGCGAUCUGAAGCCAGAGAACUUUCUGAUUGACUCGACUGGCCACGUGAAGCUGACGGACUUUGGUCUUGCAGCUGGUAUGCUCAAUCCUCGCAAGAUUGAGUCUCUGCGUGUGAAGUUAGAAGAGGUGGGCAGGACCCCGGUACCGUUUGGCCGCCCGAUGGAACAGCGGACGAUGGCCGAGCGCCGACAGGGAUAUCGCAGCUUGCGGGAACGUCAGGUAGACUACGCCAAGUCUAUUGUCGGCUCACCAGACUACAUGGCUCCGGAGGUACUCAAGGGUGAAGAGUACGACUUCACCGUGGACUACUGGAGUCUGGGAUGCAUGCUUUUCGAGGCUUUAGCAGGCUACCCACCAUUUGCCGGUUCGACGGUAGAUGAAACAUGGCAAAACUUGAAGAAUUGGCAAAAGGUGCUCCGUCGACCCGUCUAUGAAGACCCCAACUACUUCCUAUCGAAACGAACAUGGAGCUUCAUCACCACACUGGUCUCCUCGAGGGAAAAUCGUUUCAAGAAUAUCAGUGAAAUCCAUGCGCACGACUACUUCGCCGAAGUGGACUUUGACCGCUUGCGCGAGCAGCGCCCACCUUUCGUGCCCCAACUGGACUCGGAGACCGACGCUGGCUACUUUGAUGACUUUGACAAUGAGGCUGAUAUGGCCAAGUAUAAGGAGGUACACGAUAAGCAGCGUGCCCUGGAGGAGAUGGCCGAUCGCGAUGACAAGAUGGCCAAGGGGCUGUUUGUCGGCUUCACAUUCAGACACCGCAAGCCGAACAUUGACGGAACCGGCCGUCUUUCCCCACGCAAGCCGAUACCGACGGAGGAAGCAUUUGGCACUAUAUUCUAG